ACGCUCAGCUCUUUCAUCCGCAUCCUCAGAACUCUAGACUUAUUGUAACUACGCAGCCUGUCCAGAGCAAUCUUCUGGAAACCUGUCCUCCAUCAUUUCCGCGACGGUUUAUCAUACGGGUGGGACAUGCGCCGGAACACCGUCCAACCCGUGUCAGGUCGUGCGACAUUUCACGAGGGAUCGAGGAGUUAGCUGUCUCAGACAACCACGCGCGCACCGCUUCUCUCGGGGCGCAAGCUGAAUUUUCACACCCGAUUCUAUCCUUCUACAGACAAUGACCCCUCCACCGAGUUUAUCCUCGCCGAAAAAGCGCCAGAGUCCUCGCCGCCAACCUUCGAAACAGUUUACGGUCGUCGAGCAUUCAAAGCCUCAUUGCGGUGCCCUACCUGUUUCCCCAACCAGCCAAUCUCGACCGCGUCGACAAGCGAAUGGGGGCGUACCAAGCAGACAAAUGGCAGGAACAGGGACGUUUCUGGCUGAAUCACCCCCAAUGGACCACAUCCACGAUAACGACGAGAUGGAAGACCCUCAUGAUCUGUCCUUCUCGAGCAACCACAUCCUCCGAGCAUCCAUGGUCGAUAACCUAGUCAUGUCGCUCGACCAAUUCUCUAGCAGUGUGUUCGAUGACGGGCCAUAUACGCCGCGGAGCAACAGCUACGAUACAAGUGCGAGGAUUCGGAAAAGAGGACAUACAUUUUCGUCUUCGACGUCUUCGGAGAAUGAUGUUCAACAUAUAAGACCUAUACCUCAAUUGCCCCAGACCAUCCCCAGACUUCCUGUACGCAACAGUGUGAGGUAUCAAAAGGAUCUGCAGAGAUUACCCAGCAUAUUUGGAGAAGAUGAGGAUUCGGUCCGCGCAAAGGUCUAUGAUGCACAAAGAGCAACCCAGCCUCAUCACCCCCGGCGGAAAAAGAACGCUUCUGGUGGCGGCAGAAGCACUAACAGCAGUGCAUCUUCGAGUAUUGACCUGGGGCAUCUAGCCAGUCUGACAGGCCGGUUAGGGGGGCCAGGCAACAGACGGUCCCGGAGCUUCGAUUUCGGCGCAAGACCACGAGAUUUACGUACCAGCAAACCGCUCGGAGGUGCUGACGGGGCACCCACUCCGGUUAUAUUUUCGGGCCCAGAAGCUCAAAGUGCGACACCAGCAGGGCCAUCGGGCUCACCCCUUGUCCGGAAAAACAGUGCCAAAUCCUCCAAAAGCGCAUACGUCAAGAAAGGCCGAGCCGCAGCAUUGGGAUCCAACUCUGCGCGAAACGACUCUGUCCCCCAGCUUCCUUCGAUGAAAAGUGUACCGAGCUUCAACACCGCGGAGCAAAGGACGAAUAUAGGGGCCCUGCAUGAGACAAUCUCGGCACCCAGGCCUGGCUUCUUUCGGCGUGUUUUCGGCUCCUCCAGAAACCCAUCUGUGAAUACAGAAAGUACCCCUCCGCCCAAUGUACUUAUCAAGUCACAGCCUGGGCGAGCAACCCCUGUACAAGAUGAGAAUGCACAUCCUCCCACGACGCCACCCGGUAAAACACAAAAGCCCGUUCGGCGGACGUCUACCGAUGCUUCAGCAAACAAAGAGAAUCAGCCAGUGAUCACCAAAAAGUCUUCUGCGUUCUUCCGCCGAAGGAAGAAAUCGGUGUCAAAUGUGGUUCCACCACCACUACCCCUGACCUUGAACUCGGACUUGCCAUCGGAAAAUGAGCCUGUGGAUGGAACGAGCCCUGUGAGCAGCCUCAGAGCAUUUAUGGACCCAUAUCUCGUUGACCCUCCGUCCGCGACAAGCCACGCUCGCUCCCGCGGCCAUAGUCGCACAAGCUCAAUGCAAGGUUUCUAUACUCCAACUCUACCACCUCCGGGGUUCGGCUUGUCAAACCAGGCAGCCAAUCGACCCAGAGCAGGAGGCCAUGGUCGAUCGGAAUCCCACGGUAGUGGUAAGACGUUGAAGUCGAACCCCAAGCAGGUCUCGGCUCUUCGAAUUCCUCAUCAGGAUUCCUUUCUGGCAGAUAGCAGCAGCGCGGAGGAACCAAUGAAGCGAUCUCCUUUUGAUGCAGGCCACCAUUCUGAUAAUGAGCGGGCCCCGUUACGCUACCGGGGCAGUGUGAGCGACUUGAAACUAGAGCAUACACCCUCCGCAACGUCAUUACCCAGUCCCUUGUCUGAUCCAAGGUCAGCUACCACGCGACAGGGAUCAUGGAAAUCCGAAAAGGUUUCACCGGUAUCUUCCAUGAUUGCAGUUCCAACCUCGAACUCCCAAAAUGCUGAACAAGGGGCUAAAUCGACGUCCACUAGACGACAAAACACUCUGGAGGUUACGCGAAAAGGAACCAAGGGUUCUCCAUUCGCAUCAACUUCUGACGUUAGUGAAUACAGAUCAGCGCCGAGUACGCCCCUGAUCAUCGAAACUCCCGACGGUGAAAUCGCAUCGCCGUUGAGCUCCGCCUUGCCAAGCGACUCUCAAACCGGUCUUCAACCAGACCAUAAAAGGAGAGCCCGACAGAUAUUUGACAAUGCCGACGAAGAAGUUGAUCCUUCUUCCGCGGGGGCUUGGUUGGGAGACCCCGGACCCGAAAGGGAGUAUGUGCGGAAAGCAUAUAUGGAGCUUUUCGAUUGGAAGGAUCAGAAUAUCCUGGAUUCACUUCGUGGUCUUUGUGACAGGAUCAUACUCCGAGGUGAGACCCAGCAAAUGGACCGCAUCAUGGAUGCCUUUGCCCAGCGAUGGUGCGAGUGUAACACAUCGCAUACGUUUAGAUCAAGCGACGUGGUGCAUACAAUUUGCUACUCAAUCCUCCUCUUGAACACCGAUCUUCACUUGGCGGACAUUGAUCAGAAAAUGACGAAGGCCCAGUUCGUGCGCAAUACGCUUCCUACAAUCAAACGCGUUGCACAGGGGUCUGAGGCUGAGAGAACUUUACGAGGUCCGAAGCGGACAAACGCUUCGUCGAACGACGAUAUAAACAGUGCUCCCUCGGAAGUGAAGCGGUCUGUAGACCCGCCGGCCCACGAGGAUGGACAUCCGCCCGAAGCUGCCGAAUCUACUGCAGAAGUCGCACAAGGGAGAGGCUGGGAAUUGCAAAUCGAAGCCGUUCUCAGGUCUUUCUACACGUCGAUCUCAUCAGAGCCUCUACCUCUAUUCGGGGCUCAGGCCGAAGCAAACACGCAACUGAAUCAGUCUAACAAUUUCUUGACGAUCGGAAGUACGAUGCUUCGCCGAACACCUAGUGUGUUGAGUAAGGCACACUCUGACACCAAUCGCGGUCGAUAUGCUGGCGAAAGCAAGUCACUCGGCGCCCGGUUCAUCACGAAGACACGGUCAAGACCGCGACUGCCCUCGGCUCCGGGCUUUGCCUCUAGUAGAACCAGCAUCGACGAACAAUCCUCGGCUUGGAGUCCGUCGAUGUCGAGCACGUGGAGUAAGGCAUCUCUGGGAAAGACGUUGACAUCAAUGUCGGUCGACUCGUUUGGCACAGAAGCUACUCACGCCGAUUAUCAAUCGUCGAUCGGUUUUGCGAAUGCUUUGAGCCAGGCCAUCAUUCGGGAAGAUCAGCUAGAACUGCCCAUCGAAGAUGGGGCUAAAGGUGUUUCCCUACUUGAAGACGAGUCCCUUGAGCUUUGUGGUGCUCCAUGGGCCAAGGAAGGCAUCGUGAAGCACAAGUGUCAUCUCGAAGGCGUCGAUAAGAGAUCAAAGGACAGAAAUUGGAAUGACUGCUUUGCGGUCAUAGAGAAAGGUUACAUGAGACUGUUCUCUUUCUCGAUGACGGCGAAGUCUCUGAGGAGCAGGGCAAGAGCUCCCAAAGUUCCAGCUGUCGUGGGUGGCGGGAACUGGCAGGACAACGCUGAAGAAUUAUGGAAAUUCACCCUUCGACAUACCAUUGCCAGUUCACUCCCGCCACCUGGAUACUCAAAGGUGCGACCCUAUGUGUGGGCGCUCAGUUUGCCGACAGGCGCUGUCCACCUCUUUUCAGUCGGCACGCCCGACAUUGUAAAGGAGUUCGUUUCGACCGCCAACUAUUGGAGUGCCAGGCUGUCGAAAGAGCCGAUGAUGGGCGGUAUCAGCAACAUGGAGUAUGGCUGGAGUGAUGCUGUGGUCAACAGGGCAUUAACGUCGUCAGAGCUUCAAUCUGGCCGCAAUGCAGCGAUGAGUCCGCGCCCGAGCACACAGAUGUCAAUGCGAAGCUCCAUGGACCAUGUUGGCGGUGUCCGGCCUAAGCUUCCUGGGGACAAGGCUCAUGUCAGCGAGUGGAUGCCGCCCCAACAGUCCAUGUUUGCAUCCCAAUUGAUGGAAGUGGAUCAGCUUCGAGCACUGCAGACAUAUGUCACCAACGUGGAGGAAGAGUUGCAGAGACACAACGAACUGCGAGGUCUAAUGCUUCUAGCUUUCACAGUCAAGCACCCCAACUCAACCAAAGCAAUGAACAACUGGGAGCGGAAGAGCAGUUACUUGCUCCGAGAAAUUGUCAAGUUCCGCACGUACAUCGAUACCCUUCAGAAUGCCCAGACGACCAAGGAGAAGAUAUAUCGGAUGAGAAAGGAGGAAGAGAGAAUGCAGCGUGCAGCGAUGGACUCUAGGAGCUAGGCCACAACUGCUAUCUCUGGCUGGGGUGACGUGAUGCUUGAGCGGUGCUUUAUGGAUGUUCUCGAAGGUGCCAGGGAGGUCUAAUAUUUUGAUAAUGAUGCCGGGCAGUUGAUUCGCUUCGUUGUACCAUACCUUUGUACUUUUAGUAGACGACUUGACGAUUCAUGAAGGUGAAGGUGAAGCAACCAAGACCAGGUGCAGGCAUUUCUGAUUGUGUCCGUAUUCAUCCAC